AUGGCACCUACACUGCAACUCGCAUUCACCUUGCAUGUGGACCUCUCACCAUCUCUUGAAUUCGGAGAUACACACUGUGGCUCCCGGCGAUUCAUCCCUAUUACUGGAGGCACCGUUGAAGGUCCAAAGCUAACGGCCACUAUUGUACCUGGGGGCGGAGAUUGGAACGUACUCAGAGAGGAUGGGAUUACGCAUCUCUUUGCCAAAUAUACGAUUCAAUCAUCCGAUGGGGUUUUCAUCAGUGUCACGAAUGAAGGAUGGAUUCGCAAAUUUCGAAAAGAAGCUGGAGAAAAUGGGACCAAGAAGAUCCCAGAGGAUCAGUGGUAUGCGAAGACCAGUCCACGAUUUGAGGUUCAGGAAGGCGUUCACGGUUGGUUGAAUCGGACUGUCUUUGUGGGCGAGCUUCGCAAGCCGAGUAUUCCGAAUCACGUCGUUAUUGAUGUGUAUUCGGUUGAAUAA